AUGUCUUUCUUUUCGGAGGCAACUCAUCGGUUCUUGCCAGUUCCUGAGGACAGUAGAAUAGAGACAAAAUCAUUUUUAGAUGCUGCCAGUGAAGUAGUACCCUUUUUUGGUGAGUAGCCUUUGGUAAGAUACAUAAGUUUCUCUAGAACAAAUAUGGAUAGAACUUUAAGAUCAUGCAGCUAAUCUGAAUUUUGUGCAUCAUCAUUAUUUCCAGCAGUGAUUACCCUUAUAAAAGAUUGAUUUUAAACCCUGUUGUUUACUCUCUAGUAUUGACUGAGAAAACGUAAGAUCUGUUGUACGGAAAGAUAGAAAUGUCGAAAAUAUCGAGAUCACCUAAAAAAUUAUGAACAUGAACGAGUGGUGAUGACGUGGAUUCAGAAUGUAAAAUGCACUGCUUGGUUGUAGAUGAAACCAGCGGUGUAGUGCAAAACCAACUUGGUUGAAUGUGAUGCUAUCAGAGAGAUCAGAAUAAUAAAGUUGAGAGUGACUGGCAAGCAAAUUCUUGAUCCUUGGGAUUAUUGGUUGAUCCCUUAAGAACUUGCCUACCGGCUGUCAAGAUUGUCAAGUGUGAUCUAUCUCUCUUCACAAAGUAUUUGUGUUUGUACAUGGUCAUUUUCUUUAAUCUAUGGUAAUGGGUACAUACGUAUGUUGUGGUUCAAUUUUAUCCUUGUUUUAAAUUAUAUUUUCCCUUGAUUUAAACUCAUUAUCAUACAUUAGCAAACCCCUACGUACCCUGCUACCACAGCAUAGAAUGGAACCACUAUUUUUAUAUAUGAUGCAUUCACUCACCUAAAUGUGACCUUGUACCCAGAUUUCUUUUGGACUUUGAAGGGGAGAUCUGGUCAAAUCCUAUUUGAGCAUGUGAUGGCCUGUCAGGAAUGUGACAGGCGAUGAAAUAUUUGCAUGCUUAAAAUAAAUCCUCAAAAUGGUGGCUGUGUUUUAAACAGCAACUUUGAUAGAGCUAUUAGUUUUGUCUGACCAAAAGUGAGGAGAAAUUAUAGAGUGCCCCUUCCCCCACCCUCCACCUGGAUUUAAUAGAUUACAAUAAUAAUCAGCAGGAGUACCAGGAGCUAAUUCAGGAAGUGCAGAUCCCUUGUGCAUAGAUUCUUUGUAUAAGGGGAGCACUGACAUUUGAAAUUAAAUAAAUAAUACUUAUAAAUUCUGAGCUGUAUAUAAUUUAAAUACCAGGCAUGUAGCAAGAUUCUGAGAUGAUAUUUUUCAAUUUGCUUUACCACAACAUUAAUAAAAAAAUUACUAAUUAGUAUUUUCUGUCUCAUUAUGUUGUUGUCCAAUAGAUGUUUUAGGACCUACAGCAUUUGCUCCUGUUAAGUCUGAUAUAAAUGGUAACAUAAAGGUAUAGUACUGCGUGGUUAAAAAUUUAUUUUCUUUCACCAUUUGUCCAAUUCAGAAGAGUAGCAAGAAUACUUUAUAAUUUCUUUUAUCAUGGAGCAUAAGGGAUAAGCAAUAAAACCUUUGCCUGCUGGUGUUUGAGUUAAUGCACAUCUCAGGCAACUACGUUGAUGAAAAAAUUGUUGAGAUAUUUAUCAAACUGGUUGAAGUUUGGCAAACAAAACAAUCUUUCCUCACCCCUCCACUCAAAGAUGGGUUACAGGUAGCUUGAACAGUGACACAACAUUUUUUAAAAGGGUGGGAGUGGGGAAGCUUCAUUUCACCCUUUUGAAGUUAAAGUGUUAAAAUGUGAUAAAUGUCCUUGAGGGUAAAGUAUUUUCUAAUUUUGUUACUGAUGGUAGAACCCUUGAAAUCCAAGAUUUGGCCUCAGAGGCACCAUACCAUGGAGAGACAUUCUGCCAUCCUAUAAAUUUGUUGUUUUCUGAUUUUGAUCUUUUGUGUCUGUGUGUUGUUUUUAGAAACUUAGAGAGAAAUUUGCACAAGAUCCAGAAAAAUUUAAAACAUUGCAAGAUAUUGUUGAAAGUGAGAUAGCUACAGAAACAAUCACCGCCAAGAAUUCUGCCACAGAUGCCUUGCUUUGGCUAAAAAGGUUGGUCACAGACCUUUUACUUGUCACAUAUUGCAAAAGGAAGAAAAUCAUACCACUACUGACGUUUGGACAUGGGGAUGUUUUGGCUAGUGGUAUUUAAUGUUUUUGCUCUGAUAAAGUCAUGUAGCUCCCUUAAGCAGCCAUCGGCUGGGAAGCAAGGAAUGCAAAUUUGUCUGCAACUGCAUUUUAUGAGGCCUUCCAAGGGGGGUAGCCUUGCUGCCAUGUCGCACCCCCUUUUAAUACCUAUGUCACCUAACCAAUGGCUGCAAAUGUCACCAUCAUUUUUCUCCCUAAACGAAAAUGUCGCUGUCCCUUCCAGGUAUCUAUAAAGUCUCUUAUAUAGUUAAUUCUUUAAAAUAAUGGAGCUGGUGGUUGUAUCAUACUCAGUCUAAUUUUUAAAAAUGACUCCUGGGUGUAAACCUUUCACAUUGACAAAUCGGUUGAUCAAUAAAGAUACCAAAGCCGUACGUGGUGCAGUUGAAUUGAAAGUGUUGACCUGAG